AUGGCAAUAAGAACACCUUUACAACAAACAACAGAAUCUAAUAUACUUGAUCGAACAUCAAGAAAGCUGGAAUUUAUGAAAAGUAGUUGUGGUGAUUUACAAAGUAGACUCAAAGUUCGAAAAGUAUUAGGUGUUGGUGAUGCAGCAGGUUCAAUAUGUAGUUCAAAAAUCAGUCAAAUACUUGGACAAUCAGAUAAUUUAAUUUUUAAAUUAUCACCUAAACUUGCUUCAUGGUUAUUUUUAAUAGCAACAUUAUUUAGUUGUUUCACUGUAAUGGGAAUACUUUGGCCAUCUUGUUUGCAUCUGCUUUUACCUGGUAGUCUUGAAUCAACCGUACAUUUGGCUACAUCGUAUGCUUUUCUAGCAACAGUGCUCGGUCUAACACUUCGAUCAGGCGACAAAACAUCAUUACAACUUGUCCUUUGUUCUCUUGUUUUAUUUCAUGCUUUAUCUUUUGUUAUUGCUUUAUGGCUUCUCAAAACCAGUGAUACAAAAGUAAAAUCAACAGUAUCAAUAUCAACAUCACUUCGACAUAGUAAACUAAAAACAUAUUUUAAUUCAAUGAUAUCAUUUCCAUCAUCAGCUGUAAUUGAUCGUACUUCUGGACAUGAAUCUUCUUAA